AAUGUUGAUUUCUUUUGCAUAGGAGUGCCUGAGAGCGGCCCAAAGAAUUGUGUCGAUGAGCAUAGCAAAGCUGGGCCAAGCAUCUCUUGAGGCGGGUGUACACUGCAUUUCUUUUAAUAUAUGAGCACCUGACAUGAUCCUCUGCAAUGAGAGAUUCUCUAAUUUAUAUUUCAUAAAGAAAAGUACUUCUGCAACAACAAAUUAACAUGGGGCUGUGCUCUGAUCACGUGCCUUGGACUCUCUCCUACCCCAACCUUCUCUGCACUGAGACGAUAACGAUGACUUGCAACCCAAAUAGAAAUUGCCCCUGCAUUGGAAAUCCAACGCUGUUCUCUUCAAGCAAUUGAAGUUCAGGUGGUUUUCAACACAAAAUGGGCGGAUCUUCUCCCUGCGCUUCCUGCAAGUUGUUGAGACGCCGCUGCGCCAAGGACUGCAUCUUUGCUCCUUACUUCCCUUCCGAUGACCCUCACAAAUUUGCCAUUGUUCACAAGGUUUUCGGUGCUAGCAAUGUCAGCAAAAUGUUGCAGGAGCUUCCCGUUCACCAGAGGAUAGAUGCAGUGAGCAGUUUAGUUUAUGAAGCAAAUGCAAGAGUGCGAGACCCGGUUUAUGGAUGUGUUGGGGCGAUUUCUUACUUGCAGAAUCAAGUAUCUCAGCUACAAAUGCAGCUGGCAGUGGCUCAAACCGAGAUACUUUGCAUCCAGAUGCAGCAAGAGGAGCCUGCCUUACCAACUCAGAUGGAUCAAGAUGAGAAAUCGCUUCUUCUAUCCAAUAACAGCUUCAACAACCUUCAACACUACCUCAGCUUUGCUUCUUCCAGCAAUGUAAUCCAAGAUCCUCUAAAGAGAGAGUCUCUUUGGACCUAGCUAACUUGCUUACAUAUAUUUCUAAAGAAUUGCUUGUCUUGACUCCUCUUGUUUCUUAAUCUAUAUAUAGUGUUUGAAUUUGGUGUGUACCAUAGAGACUGGGAGAUGAUCCUUGGUUUAUAUAUACACACCAUUUUCCAAAACUAGAAGAGCCGUCUUGUUCCUG